ACGUGACCGGCUGCCCCCGCCAACAUGGCUGCGCCCACGGGGCCCUGCGCCCGUCUGCCCCGAUGCCGCCUCCUCGUCUUCCUCCUUUUCUUCCUCUUCCUCCUCCUCCUCCUCUUGCUGGGGGCGGUGGCCGCCACCGGCGGGAACUGCGGCUGCAGCGCCAGCCGGGGCAGCGCCGGGCGGGAAGCGGCGGCGCGGCGGUACUCGGCGCCGGGCGGCGGGCGGAGCGCGGGGCGCGGGCCGAUGGUCGCUAUUCCAGGAGGUGUGUUCACAAUGGGGACUGAUGAGCCUGAAAUACAGCAAGAUGGAGAAUGGCCUGCCAGAAGAGUCCACAUUAACAGUUUCUACAUGGAUCAGUAUGAGGUCAGCAAUGAGGAGUUCGAGAGAUUUGUGAAUUCUACUGGGUACGUUACUGAGGCAGAGAAAUUUGGCGAUUCCUUUGUGUUUGAUGGAAUGCUGAGUGAAGAAGUGAAAGCUGACAUCCACCAUGCAGUUGCAGCUGCUCCCUGGUGGUUGCCUGUGAAAGGAGCCAACUGGAAGCACCCUGAAGGUCCUGACUCUAAUAUAUCUGGCAGAAAGGAUCAUCCAGUUCUUCAUGUCUCCUGGAAUGAUGCUGUGGCAUUCUGCGUGUGGGCAGGGAAACGAUUACCAACUGAGGCUGAAUGGGAAUACAGCUGUCGAGGGGGCCUUGAGAAUAGACUUUUCCCAUGGGGCAACAAGCUUCAGCCAAAAGGUCAACAUUAUGCUAAUAUCUGGCAGGGAGUGUUCCCAACUAAUAACACAGCAGAAGAUGGAUACAAAGGAACUGCACCUGUCACUGCAUUUCCUCCCAAUGGAUAUGGCUUGUACAAUAUUGUGGGAAAUGCCUGGGAAUGGACGUCUGACUGGUGGGCUGUUCAUCAUACAACAGAUGAAGUACACAACCCUAAAGGGCCGUCAUCGGGGACUGACAGAGUGAAGAAGGGUGGAUCCUAUAUGUGCCAUAAGUCUUACUGCUAUAGGUAUCGCUGUGCGGCCCGUAGUCAAAAUACUCCUGACAGCUCUGCUUCAAAUCUGGGAUUCCGCUGCGCAGCAGACACCUUGCCAGAGUUACUGUGACCAAGUGGGCUGUCGCAUUAAGAUGUGAAGGGUUGAACUUCUCCAAAGGAAAAAGAGAUGCCUGGAGUUCACUAGCUGGUGACGGAAGAGAACAAUCUAGUGCUUAAAAUUCCAGUAGAGAGGAAAAAAGACCUCAACACUACUCAAGUUGCUUGAAGAACCUUCAUGUAUUUAUCUUUGGAGAAGGUGGCCUGGACUUUUAUCCUGACCAAACUCCUUAUUGGCAAAUUCUGUUGGUUUUAGCAAGACUGUUCUGGAGUUCACUAGCAGAAAACUUGGCAGAAAUAUGCCAGUUGUGUUUAAAAAGGUUAAUUCUGUUUAAUAGCUCUUCUAUAAAAGAUCUUUAAUAAAUAGAUUUAUUUAUGUAUAUUUGAAUUUCUACACUCAAAUCCCAUAAAUGAGGGCUUUAUAAACUUCUAGGCAUAUUCAAAAGAGAUUUGAAGCGCUUGUGAGGACCAGAAGGCAGACUGCCAUCCACACAGGUAGUUUAGCACAGCCCUUGUGUUACAUUCCCAUUGCAGUGAAAAUCAGGUGUCUAUAAACGUGCUUUUUCUGGUGAGUUACUCGCUCCUUUAGGAAGUGCCUUCUGCAGCUGAGGGAAGAUCCUCAUGGUGGUGAUGAUCAGAAGUUCUGUAGGUAUCUGAACAAAAUUUCAAGCAUUGCUUGAUGCUGAAGACUUUUAUUGAUUGGAAAAACACUGGCAAUUUGUUUCUAGUUUCUCUUGGACAUGGUGUAGGCUUAUUUUGGAGACUUGCAACUUGCAAAAAUGGCAUCAUUAGAAACUGAAGCUUAGGAAUGAUUCCACUUGAAUAAAAGAUCAUUAAAGUGACAAGACGGCAGAUGUAACUGUGCACCCAGAGGCCUAGUAAGGUAAAUAGUGCAACUGUUAUGUUUAAAAAAAAUUUAACAAGGAGGAGGGGAAAUGGGAGUAAUGAGAGCUACGUCGUUUGGGAUCUGAAUGUAUUUCAGGCCUUUCACAAAGUGUUUUGCACUGUUACUUGCUCUAGGACACGGUACCUGAUAACACUUCUGUGCAGGCAGUUGCUUGCUCUAAUGGAGGCUCAACAAGGGAUUGCCUGUGCAGUAAGCUGCACAGCAGAAUGGCUGUCCUUCCACAUGUGUCACGCUCAGCUGUGUUGCUGCCCUCUAACAGGCUUCUUGAUAGCCUUUGUGUAAAACGGACUCAACUCGGAUAUUUCAGCUACUUUAGGACCUAACAGUGGAAAAAUGUGGUGGAUUAACAACAGUUUUUUGCACUGAUACCAGUCUUUCCCAGCGUUGUCUUCUCUGCAGUAAGUUGGGUUUGGGUUGAAUAAGAUUGAGGUAAUGUAAAUCCAUCACUUGGUAGCUCCUACGCUCUGUUUCAUGUUGAGAGGAAGAUACUGGAGAAUGUCUGGGGAGCCUUUCCAAAACCAGCAGUCUCCAGUGGGCAGUUAAGGUAAUUCUAGCAAGCAGAAAAAAUGUCAUGUGACUUGGCACUCAUGUGAGCAUAGCAAAAGCUGUGGUAAAUAUUUGUGUAGCAAUGACUGCCUUACCAGCAUUAAAUAUUUAAUUUAAAUCUAUGCAUUGAAAACAUCUGUUUUGCUACAAGUAAUAGGGAAAGAUUCCUUCUAUCUUUCUAAAAAGGCUUGUCUCUGCCACAAGGAGUAUACUUUGUUAUAAAACGAUUUGCUGAGAGUUGGAUUCUGGAAAAAAUGCUUGGAAAAAAGAACUUUCCAAUAUAUGGAAUUGUAUUAUGACUUUAAAUAAAGAGCUUUAUGAUGCCACACCAUCAGAUAUAAGUCAGUCAAUACUCAUUGUGCUCUUGGGGGCACCUGGAGCAAAGUGU